ACCGACCAAGCGAUGGCAUCGUUUUAGUUGGCAGUUAACAGUCACCGGACUCGGGUGUUGGUGAGAAUAUACUCCGCAGUGGCGUCACUAUCGAAGAGCAAGGAGAUCAGGUGGUUGAAACGUUUCGUCGUGGCGGUUCAUAUCUGAGGUGCGUGCGUGUUAGGAUUUUCGCGAGUGAUUGUUUGCCAAUAUUCCACACGGUCUGUGGCGCAAACCGGAUGGUCUUAUCAUCCAGUGAAGCGUGCGAUACUCCAUAGUGUCUGGCUUCCCAACUUAUGCGUACCGGGAGGUUGGUGGAUGCUGUGAGGGAAUGUUCCAUUGAGAGGACUAGCCGUGCAGCGUGAUACCCGCUGAAGGAUCUAGAAACAAAGAUCUGAUACCACAGAGAAGAAUACUCAAUCAACUUUCGACAAGCUAAUCAGCACAUCAAGUGACCGUGUUUUUGAAUCAAGAGUUUAGAAAUAGAAAUUACCCGAAUUGCACGAGUGACUGCAGACUACCUACGACGAUCUUCAUCUCGGUACGUUUGCGUUUAUUUUCGUAACAAAUCUGUCGCUGCUCGACGGAAGAUCUUGGUAAAUAUUGUGGUCGAAAGAUUUCAAGAGUGCGUUAUUUUUAAACAACAAGUAUUCCGGAAAACCCAUAUUCUGCGGAAGAAAACAUUCGACCGUUAGCAUCAUGUUUCCGACAACGGCCAGCCUGGGCAAGUUCUACAACCGUUUGAGCAUACUGAUAACCGUUUUCAUUACUGUGAAUCUCGCAAAGAUCAGGGCGGAAAAUUGCGGCCAGGAAGAGCUGGCAACAUGUGCGCGGCCCUUUCAGGUGCUACAGUCAUCGACGGACCUAUCGAUAGCGACCAAAAAAGAGGAGUUGGAUAAAAUAUGCCCCGAUUUGACGAGGGGCCUACACUGCAUCCGGAGCUACACCCGGCGAUGCAUGACUCUGGAGCAACGUAAUCGUUUCAAUAAACUCUAUAAUGGCACCCAUCAAUUCGUUCGAGAUCUAUGCAGAGAAGGUCCCUACCAGAACGAAUUCCUGACGCACGCCCCCUGCCUGCAGCGGGUACGACCGGACUACGAAGUAUGCGGCCGGAAAUACCACAACACGGUAUCGGUCAUAACGCAACACCAGCAACAGCAGCAGCAGCAUCACCAAGCCCGUCACGAAAAACAUCACCAGCAGCAACCAAAUCAUCACACCACGGCCGGAAGAGACGCCGAAGCGGACGUGCGGACGGUGUGCUGUUCGUUCAUCGAGUAUCUGGACUGUUCGGAAAGCGUGGCCAAGAAAACAUGUGGGCGGGAGACGGCUAUGUUCACGCGUGGAUUUCUGGACAAAAUGUCGUCGAAUCUGAUAAAUAUGUACUGCGAAGAUUACUACAACUCCAACAAGUGCCCCUCGACGCAGUCUGCCGGCAUCAGCACCAAACCCAACAGCAUCACAAGCUUCCUGGCGCUUCUAGUUCCAAGUGCACUGUCCUUCAUGAGCACGUAUUUCUCCGGGUUUAGCCUACUUCGGUUACGAUAAGACCACGUUGGGUGACACCCAAUUUGUAAACUCCUCAGAAACACAUCUCAGUGGGCCCACGUGACCCAAACGGUCAAAGCCGUUCUAAUCUUGAAGGGCUCUCGUCUUGCUCACCUAAUCUUCCCACGCAUGCUGCUCAAUCAUUUUGAAGAUGUACAUUACAAAUUUGUUGGCAUAGGUUAUGUAACACAAAAAAUUCGAGACGCGAGUUUUCAUUACAAGUUGAAAACACUAUAUGCAACGCUGCAGCUAAUACGCAAACGAGAGUGCAAUUAGUAUUAAUUAAUUUAUUGACUUGAAUUAGUGGCCAGGGUUGAGGUGUUCCUACCCAGUUUACAGUUCAUUUAUUAGAUCUGAAAAAAGAUGGGUCACAAAAAGGGCGUCAUUAGAGUUGUUGAGUUGAUAGACUUCAGUUGUGUCGUAGUGGUCAACCAACAUACUGAGGAUGAUUAUUGAGAAACCGUUCCGUCUUUAUUAGUUUUAGAGUGCGUCAGGUUAGAUAAGGUCAGUUCAAGAAUUUAAUACUGUUAAGUUGAUCAAGAUUGCAAAUGAAGUGUACAUAUAAGAAUUUACGUUGCUUAUGAUAAUAUAGAUAAUUACAACCGUAGCUUUAGGUAGAACUAUACUAAAAUGCUGAGUCAACAUUAUACUGCAAUACCUUUACUAAACAAAACCCAUUCGUAUAAGACAAACUAGUGAUACCUAGUUGCAGUGUUAAAGCGAAUUUCAAAAUGAUGUAACAUAUUUCCCAUAAACUGAAACCAAAUAUUACACGAUAAGCCAUUGAAAAUAGAUACCAUUGAUUUUUGAAAAAAUA